CAUGGCCCGCCCGCGCGUGCUGCUGGUAGUCACGGCGGAUGACUUUGGUUACUGCCCGCGACGCGAUGAGGGAAUCGUGGAGGCCUUCCUGGCAGGGACUGUGACCAGCGUCUCCCUACUGGUCAACGGCAUGGCCGCAGAGAGUGCGGCGGAGCUGGCCCGCAGGCACAGAAUCCCCACGGGUCUCCACGCCAACCUGUCCGAGGGCCGCCCCGUAGGCCCGGCCCGCCACGGCGGCUCCUCGCUACUCAGCCCCGGAGGCUUCUUCCUCGGCAAGACGGGAUUCCGGGAGGCCGUAGCAGCCGGAGACGUGGCUUUGCCCCAGGUGCGGGAGGAGCUAGAGGCCCAACUUAGCCGCUUUCGGGAGUUGCUGGGCGGGGCUCCCACGCACGUGGACGGGCACCAGCACGUGCACGUGCUCCCAGGCGUGUGCCAGGUGUUCGCCGAGGCGCUGCAGGCUCACGGGGUGCGCUUCACUCGGCUGCCGCUGGAGCACGGCGUGGGCGGCUGCGCGUGGUUGGAAGCCCCAGCGCGCGCGUUCGCCUGCACAGUGGAGCGCGAUGCACGAGCCGCCGUGGGCCCCUUCUCCCGUCACGGGCUGCGGUGGACGGACGCCUUCGUGGGCCUGAGCACUUGCGGCCGACACAUGUCUGCUCACCGCGUGUUGGGGGCACUGGCGCUGGCCCUGGAGAAUAUUCCCGCGAGCCACGCCCUGACAGCCGAGCUAAUGGCACACCCGGGUUACCCCAGUGUGCCUCCAACUGGGGGUUGUGGUGAAGGCCCGGAUGCUUUCUCCUGCUCUUGGGAGCGGCUGCAUGAGCUGCAUGUCCUUAAGGCGCCCACCCUGCGGGCCCAGCUUGCCCAGGACGGCGUGCAGCUCUGUGCCCUGGACGACCUGCAAGAAUGGGGCGGGGAGAGAAGCGGGAGGGACUCCCCUGUGAGGCAGCACUUCCUGGGGCACUCUCCACCCUGACAAGUAGUAACACUUAGUGUGGAGAAAGGGGACCAGAAUUAAGUUCUUGCAGAGUCUGGAACUAGACCCUAGAGCAGGGUCUGUGACGACCCAGGGUGAGACACUGCCAGUCUGUGCCCAGCUGUGUCUUCAUGGCUCAGAGUGGUAGCUGGAACUUG